AUGACCGAACGUAUCGACAACAAACGGCUCAACACUGACCUUCGCUAUCGCUUCGAAUACCUCUCGAAAUUUCUCAAUUUCGCGUCCGAUGACAUUGCACUAUUAAACGGUUUCGCACCGAUACUAUUUCCACGUAUUCCCGUGAUCGCUGAUAAAGUCUAUCGAAAGCUCUUUUCAUUCGACAUAACAAAACAAUACUUCAUGAUCAAUACCGAAGGUUUCGAAGGUUUCCUGCCGACGAAAUCACACGGUGUCUCUUUAGAAUCCGCACAAAUGAGCUUUCGCAAAGACAUGUUAAGCAUGUACCUCAAACGUGUAUUAACUCAGUGUGAAUGGAACGAUACCUUUCUGCAGUAUUUAUCGCAUAUUGGACGAAUGCACACUAAUCAAGCAGGUUCAGCGUCCAUCAAUGUUGAUUAUAUUCAUAUCAACGCUUUACUCGGUUACUUAGAACAGUUAUUAAUCGAAGCACUAUGGAAUGAUGAACAUAUCGAUGAUAAAAUUCGGCAAAAAACUAUCAUGGCAAAGUUUGUCCUUUUGUUACAUUUACAUACAUUUAUUUGGCCUCGAUUAUCAACUUUAUAUGCAUGCAUCGGAACAAUUGAAAGCAUGGAGAAUGAUUGUGAUGACAAACAGAAGAAGAAGAUGAACAACAAUGUGGUGGAUGACGAAGUUUUAUCUGAAUCGGCAUCAAGUAUGUCAUCACGUCAUGAAAGUGUAAUUUGUUCUCAUUUGUUAAAUCUACCCAAUCGAUCACGAUCGAGUAGUAUGACAAGACGUCGAUCAUCAACAACAGAUUUUCAAGAAGCUAAACAAGCGAAGGUACAUACACCAGACAAAAUACUCAUCGUCAAUGGGAAAUGUUCGAAAGUAUUUAAAUCAAUCAUCGAAGAUUGCGUUGAAGAUUGCAUCAUCGAAUUUCCAGGUGAAAACUCCGUGUAUGUUUCCAAGCCUGGACAUGGCAUAUCGAUACCUACUGGAAGUAGACAAAUAACGAGUAAUCAUCCCCGAGAACAUAGUUUUCCUCAUCAUUCGCCAAUGAAGUCAUUUCAUCGAAAAAGUUCAACUCAACAGCCGACAGGGAUACGUGUCAGUCAAACAAGUAACAUUUCCUUAGCAACAACUGCUUUUUCCAUUCUUAGCGCCGUCCGUAUGCGUUAUCCAUCAAUUCAAUCACGUUUUUCUCUCGCUGAAAAUAUUUCCGAAGAAACAAGCGAUGUGCAAACAGCAAAUCCAACUGUACGAUGUGAUUCCAUCCAAUCUCCUUUAUUACGUGAAGAGACUAUAUCGCAUCAAUCAAAUUUCGACGUAUUCUCACGAGUAUCUUCACCGACUCAUCGGAAACUUCCAUUCACGUCAACAUAUAAAUCAUCUCGUUCGCGGAAAAAAGAUUAUCUCCUAUCUGACUUAGUCAUGUUGGGACCAGAGUAUUUUGCUCAUGAGUUUAAUCUGCCACGAACGUCACGCUAUCGAACAGCUACAUCAGCCAAACAACCACCCCGAUCGGAGGAGAAUCGUAAUAAAAUCGUGGAGAAAUACGAAGAGUUCGAGCAAAUUAAACAAGAUCUUUUCCAUCGAUAUCUAUGGACACAAAAUCCACAAGUGGCCUGCCGCAUACGGCCAUUGCCGACUUACAAACGUAGUGCCACGUCUAUUAUUUAA